AUGUCGGAACCAGGCAGCGAGGGAGGAUGGCGAGAACUCCAGACCUCCUCCCGCCGCCAAUGCCCCAAGCUGUUCUACCAGUUUUCGACCAGCCGCGAAUCGCUGACGCUGCUCCUCACCGACUUGAUAUCCAUCUGGGAAACUAGUCUGGACAGCUACGACAUCAAAGCGGCAGCAGCCCGACAGCACACGACCGUCGACCCGUCAGCCUCGGACCGCCAAUUCGAGGUUCUGCUGUCCAAACUCCGCCAGAGCCUAAGCGACGGCGAGAACACAAUCACACGAGGGUCAGAGAAGAGUUCACAGAGACUGUACCUCCGCACGACAAUCGACCUACCUCGCGGUCUGCCGCCGCUAGACUGGACGUUCACGCUAGAACCCCAGACCAGCUCGGAACUUGCUGAACGCCUCCUCCGGCCCAGCCUGCACGAGGUGGCCGUGUCGCAGAGCAAAAUCAGCUCCUUGCUCAGCAUCGUCAGGGAGAAAGACCAUGUCAUCUCGAAACUGCUCGAUCGGAUCGGCAAUUCGGCUGUGGACCUGAGCCUCGUUUUCCCUGGAAUUGCUGGCCUCGCGUCGAGAAAGGGUAGCCAUGUCUCUGUUGCGGAUGCGAAGAAGCGCGUCCCUGGGAUGGCGGAUUUCGACGAGGAAGCCUGGAUCAAGCAGUUCGCCACCGACGACGGGUACGAGGGCGCGGAUCGGACGGGGCUGGGUAACCUCGUUCGCGGGUGUGAGAAGUGCUUCGUGCACAGCAGGUCUGAGCACGAGAGCUGGGUCAGGGAUUUACCGACGACAACUGCAACACAGCGUGGCGCGAAGGGCGACGCAGAGGUCAAGUCGCCGCCGAUGAAGCCCGGCCCAGACGACGAGUCUACGGAUGAUGAAUUCGAACGUCAACCAACCCCACCAUACUUGAAGACUACGAGUCCCGCAGCCACAAGGAAGACCCAGCCCGCAACUACCACCACCGUGGACGACGAUACCCAGGACGAAGAACCCAGUCCUCCAAAGAGUACCAAAGCAUCCAAAAUCGGUGGCCUCGGCAAACGAGACGCGACCAAGGCAUUUGGCGCCUCUACCUCUAAAAGUCCAGCCAAGGCAUCUCCGCCCGCCGAACGAAAGGCAUCACCAGUGCGUCGAGCCUCCGACGCCUCAACAGACCCAGCGACAGCGACAGCCUCAGAAAACGCCGAGGACGAAGACAUCCGACUGCCCUCACGACGGGGCACCAAAUCUCCCCAACCAGCCCAGAAGCCCAAAGCGCGCGUCCCGAAUAAGAAGGGAGCCACGACCCGCUCACCAUCAGCUACACCCUCGCCUUCAGUCUCUCCAUCUCCAUCUCCAUCUCCGUCUCCGCUGCUCACACGCUCACAUCCCAAGCAUUCGUCACCAGCCUCCCCCAAAAAUCCGAAAAGGGGCAAGGCAGAAGAUGACGAAACUGAAACGGAAACAGAAACCGAGGAUGAGGACGAGAACAAGGACAAGGAUGAGGACAAUGACCGUCAUCACCCUCCCUCCUCAGCCUCUCCUGCGCACAACCCACAACCCAAGUCCCCUACCCCCACGACCGCACAACCGCCCAACCGUCUAGGUCGUCUCGGCGCCCGCAAGAGAGACCCAUCGCCGACGCCGACGCCGACGCCGGAUCCAGCCUCUGAUGAAGAACGCCCUUCUCAACACGAGAAGGCGCAAUCCCCUCGGAAACCAGGUGUCCACAAACUUGGCGGCUUGCGGAAAAGGAAACAAGCACACAGGGAUGAGUCUUCCUCUCCGGAGGCUCGCCCGGAUGCCGACGCCGAUGCCGAUGCCGAUCCACGCGCUUUGGAAUCCUCCAAAGCCGUGGGCCGGUCCAAGUCUCUGUCGAAACGCCGCGCAGCGUCAGCUGAACCUUCACCACCACCGAAGGAGACGGCCGAGGAAGCAGCAUCUCGGCGGCGAAUGCAGCUGAAACGCACGAUCGAGGCGGGCACGGCGGGGAAGAAGAAGCGGAGGUUUUGA